AUGCCAUUUAUUACUGAACUGGCAGGUUUGCGUCUGUUGAACAUUGUUAAACUCACAUUUACUUUACAACGACACCCACAGAGCUGUGAGGUGCCGGACACGUCAAUACCAUAUGUCAAAAUACAGCCCAGAGGCUGCUCCCACUCCUCCAGCUUGGGGCAGCGAUCCAGAGGACCGUUAACUCCGCAGCUGCACGCAGCACGGCUUCAGCGAUGCAGACGCCGCAAAGCAGGGCCCCCCAGCCCCAGGGCUGAAUAUUUACCAGAAAUCACCAAGGACUCAGUUUAUCCUGUAGAUGCCAAGGAAGAACUCUUGGAUGAAUGUGAGAGUAUUUGGAAGCAGAUGGAAGAGUGUCAGAGCAAGCUAAUGCAUCUAGGAACGGAAACACUGUUAAAAUCAGAUGCCAAGCUUUCCUUGUUAAUGACGCGACUGAAAGCUUUAACAGCGGAAUAUAAUCAAUGGCAAAAAAGAAGUCCUGAAUUAAUUUCUACCAAUCAAGAUGUACUCUUAGCAUUAGGAAAAGAAGAGUUGCAGAAAGUAAAGAAUGAUCUUGAAAUGGUGCUGUCAACAGUUCAGUUAAAGAAUAAACAACUGGAAGAAGAACUGAAAAGAGAACAGCAGUGGCAUGAGGAACAGGAGCAGAUACUAGAUACUCUUAAUGGAAUUGAAGAAGAGACAAAAACUCAAGUUGAACAACUUUCCGAACAAAGUCUGAAUACUAGAGUAUUUCAUGAACUGCAAAGCAAAAUGUUGAAACUAAAGAUAUAUAAGGAAGAACUCUUGGAUGCUCUGGGUGAAUUCCUAGAAGAACAUUUUCCGCUUCCAGAGAAGGGUGGAAGUGCUAAAAAGAAGAAUUCUUCUGAAAAGCCAGCUGUAGAACUGAUAACACUGCAUGAAAUUUUAGAGAUUCUUAUAAACAAAUCAAUGACCACACCACAUGAACCCUAUGUAACAAUCAGUGACUCAUUUUGGCCACCUUAUAUUGAGCUGCUGCUGCGAUAUGGAAUUGCCCUGAGACAUCCAGAAGAUCCAAACAGAAUACGCCUAGAAGCCUUUCACAUGUAGUGUGACCUACAUGCUUACUUUAAAACAAACAAAGCACCAGUACUCUUACUUGGGGGCUAAGACAUACUUAUGUUUAUGAUAAGGUUUUUU